AUGCCUGAUGAGGAACUGCGUAAAAGUCGCUUUACUGAAAGCUGGCCUGACAUUGAAACUGGUGAUUUCACACACCUACUUAUGAAGCUAAAAUUUAUAGGUCGCAAACCAGAAGAGCGUCUGUUAAAGCACAUCGAUAACUUUCCGAAACCAGAGUCAGGCUCGUCAUCUCUUUAA